GCAGCAAGACGUCAACAAUAUUUUGAGGUUAGGCGUCUCGUUUUGGUUUUUCGAACGUUUCUGUUUUGUCGUGUAUUAUGUAGAGUAUUGUUUUAUAAAAAUGAGUUCGGCUAUCAAUGAUGCCGAGGAACCAUCGAGCACGACUCCUGAAGACAAUGCUGCGACCAAGAGUGAGGUCGAAAACUCGACUACGGACGAUGUACGUCCACCCGCCAAGCGGCGUCUUUCUAGCACAGUUAUUGAGAUAUCUGAUACUGAAAGUGACGACUCUGAUGUUUGUGCUGUGAAUUCAUAUCAAGCAUCUGCUGAUGAAGUUAAAAGAAUACGCGGAGAUUAUUCUUCAUCAUCAUCAUCGUCAUCUGACUAUAGUUCGGACUCUGAGUGUGAAGAUGACUCGAUUGUCUUGGAGGACAAGAUCAUAAGUAAAUCAAUGCAACUACAACGUAACCCUAGAGCAAAUAGAAUGGAAGAUCCCAAAUUUAAUACUUUAAUUACAUCUCAAGAAAUUAUAGAUGAGUUAUCGACAAAUUGGAAAGAGUUGAAGAAUCACACAAGCUCAAAUGUGACAAUCACAUGUAACCCAUUUAGAUUGUGUCAGAUACACAAAUUUCUGAUGAAUCCUGACAUUAUAAAUAAUAUUGUGGAUGAUAUAAACACAUUAGAUUGGACAAGGAAAAAGAUGGAUUUGUAUGAGUUCCACCAGACUACAGACCUGGCUAGCUUAAGCUGGCAGAGGAGUAUUCGAGGGAUAUAUGAUCUACUGAAGACUGAUGUUAUGAAUUGGGUAUCAAAGGUAACAGGCUUAGAGCUGAUGUCAGUAUCAGCAUCAUGUUCACUUUACGGUCCGGGGGAUCAUUUGCUCGUUCACGACGACUUGCUUGGAGAUCGAAGAGUGGCUUUCAUCUUCUAUCUUGCGCCCUGGACACUGCCACGGCAAGCAGUUGAGAAUGGAGGAGGGGAUCAUAAUAUACAGGUUGAUGAUCAGUGUGGAGGCUGGAAAGAAGAAAUGGGUGGAGCCCUAGAACUCUUCGCUAAGGAUGAGGAAGGUCGGCCUACAGAGGUGGUGCAUCGAAUAUACCCUAAGAACAAUAUGUUAGCAUUCUUCAAAGUCGGUGUUGAUUCAUACCACCAAGUAAGCGAGGUCCUGUCGUUGGAGUUGCCCCGCCUGUCCAUCAACGGCUGGUUCCACGGACCGGAGCCGGGCCCCCCGCCCCCCGCCGCGCCGCCCGCCCCCGCGCCGCCCUACCUGCCCCCCACACCCCCGCAUUCGGAAGUCGUGCUAUUGAACCAGUGGGUGGAGGGCAGCUACCUGUCGGCCCGCAGCCGCGCGCAGGUGCAGGCGCAGAUGGAGCGGGAGAGCGAGGUGUGUCUGCACGCGCUGCUGCUGGACCACAAGUACCGGCAGCUGCUGGAGGCGCUGCGCGACCCGGGCGUGCCGUGGGAGCCGUGCGGCCCGUCCAACCUGCGCCGCUACUCGCGCGUGCCCCCCGACUGGCUGCAAGCGCAGGACAAGCAGCACCCCAUCCGGGAGCUGGUCCAGCUGAUCACCAGCAACGUGUUCUUCAGGUUGCUCACGGACUGCACGGACCUGGGGCUGGCCACCUGCGAGAAGCUGGAGGUGCAGCAGUGGACGGCCGGCUGCUUCACCCUGCUGCCGCCCCGCGAGCAGUACCAGCAGGCGCGCCUGGAGGCCGUGCUGUACGUGGGCGCGCCGGCCCGGGGCUGCGCCCCCACGCACUACCUGGCGCCCGAGGAGGCGGGCGGCGCGGAGCCCGGCGCGCUGGUGUCGCUGCCGCCGGCCAACAACGCGCUCAACCUCGUGUACUGCGACGCCGGCGCCGCCUCCUUCACCAAGUACCUCGGCCGCAUGGCCAUGAGGGACCGCCCGCCCUUCUACAUCGUCACUUGCAUGUACAAGGAGUGACGCGCCCACGUCGGCGCCUUCAUCAAACCGUUCGUAUCGACACGAUACAAUGAAGCUUACCACACUCUCAAAGAGAUGAAUACUCUGAAAUAGCAGCACUAGAUGCCGUUGGUGCGGCCCCCGCGCCGCACGUGCGCACGCUACUGUUGAUACUAAUCUCAUCCGCACUCGCCGCAGAAACGGUCGAGACCGGCACAGCUGAUGCCCAUGGACUGCUGUCAUCAUAUUCAGUAUGUGGCGGCGCGGGGGGCACGUCUCGGACGAUAAACUAGUCUACUAUAAUACAAUAGCUCAGUUAAGUACUCGCAUAACCCGAGUCAUGAGUUCCCAUCCCGGGGGUACCCCGGCUGACGUCACCAGCGCCCUCUGUACUGGGAACCUAUGCGACGUGUGUACAUUAUACAUAUUCAUUUAUGUGACUAAUGGACGUCUAUAGUCUUAAUAACGAGCUAAGCCCAUAGUCAAUGGUAGGUCAGCGGUCAACGUUGCCCGCGGACAUCAUCGACACGAGGAUCACAGCACGACCCGCUCCUCUCACUGGGAACUCAGCAAACACGCCACACGACGAACGAUAAUAAAAUUAAAACAUUCUGAAUAAAAAUUGUGAUUAUAAAUUGUGUGAUUGUGCAAAUAUAUAUUUUUGUAAAGACGCGCGAUCCUAGUCGCGUACUUCAAUGUCGACAUACGAAAUCGGAAUUGCCUUAAAUAUUUAGAAAGUUUUACACGCAAUAUUACAUCAGCCAAGGGCGGUGGCGGCGGUGGAGGGCCACACUUCACAGAUAGAUUACUCUAAAAUAUAAUUGAAGGGAUUAAACAAGAACAGUGUGCUUAGUGCGAGUUAACGUUCUCGAUAGCGUAAAAGUUAGCUCGUAUUUGUAUGGAAUGGGAUC